AAUGUAGAGUACGAUUUCCCUGACUGCUAUAAAAGCGCAACCAAACCACAAAGUCUUGUCUUUAGGGAGCAAUAGUUGACGCAAAGAAAGAAAUAUGAAUCCCUACAUCAUGUUAAGCCUAGUUCUUUUAGUGUUUUUAAUAGCUCUUCCACAAAGUCUCUCUGAUUCGACUGACCUAAUUCGGAGAGUAGAGAAAUUUUUGGAAGAAUAUGAAGAUUACAAAGUUGAAGAGGGUAAAUUUGAUAACAAGAAGAAGCCAGAAGACAUCUGUCGAUCAGAACGGUUUCAAAAAGCUUUAAAAAAAAUGCAAAAGUUUGCUGGUCUCAAGCCAACUGGAAAUAUAGAUCAGGCCACGUUGGGAAAGAUUUCUUCACCUAGAUGCGGUGUUAAGGAUGAAGAAAACCCAAAAAGAGAUAAAAGAAGUUCACAAGGAUUGUAUAGGUGGCCUACUACUCAUCUAAGAAACUGUGUAAGAUAUGAAAAUCCUACAGAAAUGAGUAACGAGGUCAUUAAAGAAAUAGUAGCACAAGCUUCCCAGGAGUAUGCGGAUGUAACAUCAUUAAACUUCGAAACAAAUAAUUCUCCUGAAGAUCCUAUUUUGGAAUAUUUCGAAUGCGAUAUUGUACUCUAUUUUCACGGACCAGGAAUAAACGACUGCUCUUAUCCUUUUGACGGACCAAAAGGAACGUUGGCUCAUGCUUUCCUGCCUACAAGUGGGCAAGUUCAUUUUGAUCAAGAUGAAACAUUCUCAUUAGAUAUUAACAAUUUAACUGCGUAUGAUUUCAAGUCAAUAGCACUUCAUGAAAUUGGUCACGCAUUAGGUUUAGAGCAUUCGGAAAACAGUAGCAGUGUCAUGUUUCCAUAUUAUCAGACUAAUAUGAGAAAAUUAUCACAAGCUGAUAUAAUUGCCAUACAGAAUUUAUAUAGUACUUCUCCAAUUAAUCAACCGCAAACUGGUGGAAUGGAGCCAGGGUCUUCAAUCGACAGGGAAGAUUUGUGCAAAAAACCUACUUUUGAUACAAUCUUUCAAAUAAAUAAUCAAUCUUAUUAUAUAUUUAAGAAUAAGUUCUUUUGGAGUUUCGAUAUUGAAAGAUCACAUCGUCUGUCUGAACCAAUGCUGAUUAAAGAUCAUUGGCCUGGUUUGGAACCUAAUAUUGAUGCUGGAUUUUUAUGGCCAUCAACCGGAUAUACGUAUAUUUUUAAAGAUGAUAAAUAUUGGAAAUUUAAAAAUCAUGAAUCCUCUGAAGGUUAUCCUAGAAAAAUAGGAGAGAACGGAUUUUAUAAUAUACCAAAAAAACUUGAUUCCGUUUUUGUUCAUCCAGAAAACGGAAUGGUCUAUUUUACGAAAAAUUCUAAUUAUUGGAGGAGCGAUGUUAUACGAGAGAACGGUUCCAAUGAAUAUCCCAAACCGCUUAAAAAUGUACUGGGAAUAGAUAAACUAAGAAGUGCCAUUGAAAUUAAUGGGACAAUGUACAACUUUCAUAAAGACAGCUCACUAUUUUACAGUUGGAACGUUGAUAUCUCAAAUGCCACCAAAAUAGGUUGGAUGACGUAUACUAAAAAAUUUUUGGGUUGUCCCAUUUCGAUAGAUGAGCAAUUAAAAACAAAUAAAUACUAUACGUAUACUUCUACAGAAGAAACCUUUGAGAAAAGAAGACAAAAAAUGAUCCAGCGGAAUAUUCAGUUUGAAUUUUCAUUAGACAGUAGCUCUGAAAGUAUUAGCUAUGGGAAAGCUUCAAUACUGAUACAUCUCUCAGCUUUUUUAACUUUCCUUGUCAUAUAA